AUGAUCCAAAAGAUGUGAGUUGAUCUAUUGUUGUUGUUUCCACGUAUGUUCGUCUAUAUCCAAUUUUCAGUGUAUUUUAUUAUUCUGCUACAUAUUUAAUUUUAGCUCAAACACACAUUUUAACCAUAUUCUCCUUGGCAAUUUAUUUAUUAGUCGAUAGCAAUUUGGUUGCAAUAAUCUUCUGUUAUACUUGAAAAACGAUCUAUUAACAAAUAUAUUCGAAAGAGUUUCAAAACAAUCUAUUAACAAGUAUUCGAAAGUCGUCACAUCGUUGACUAAAGCUGAGGACAACUCUGUCAUUUUUAUCUUAUUCACGUGGCUACCUCUUCUUCUUCGUCUCUCAUUUUAUGUGUAAUCCCACAGAGCUUGUCACUCCAAAAAAGGCAAAACAAAAAAAAAACAGCUUCUAAAAAUAAAAAACAAAACAAUAAUCCAGCCACCGUAGGGGUAAUUCCGUAAAUUUGUAACAGAAACUCCAUUCCCGCGGCGUAUGCAGAGGGCAAUCCCGUAAACUUAACCCAUCUCCGGUGAUGAAUAAUAUCAAUUCCUUCACGCCGGAGUGAUUUUCCACAAAAAAUAAGAUAUGAAAGCAAAUCGCGGCGGCGGAGAGCACGGCCAACACGAGGCUCUAAAGCUUUCCAGUUUCUUCUUCAUGCCGGAGCGGCCACGUGAUUACCUCGUGCUUUUCACACGUUUCUCCGUCCUCACGUGCCUCAUCGUCUCCGUAUCUCUUGUUCUCCGCGCCACUUUUUUAUCCCCUUCCGCUCGAGACUAUUCCACCACCUACGGUCUCAAAUUAACCGCCGUACCUCAAAAAGCCAUAGCUCUCCCUCCGUCCGCAUCCGUCGGACCAACCAAUAUCUCCCAUAUCUUCUUCUCUAUCGCCGGAGCAGCUGAGACAUGGAUCGAUCGGAGCCAGUACAUCUCCUUAUGGUGGCGAAACACGACACGUGGCUUCGUCUGGCUCGAUGAACCGGUGAAAAUCCCUGAAAAUCACUCCGAUGUCAGAUUCUCGAUCCCGACUCGAGUUUCUGAUCCAGGCUGGACUCGAUUCAAAUUCUCCAGCUCAAGAGCCGCGGUUCGAAUCGCUCGUAUAAUCUGGGAUAGUUAUCGGUUAAAUCUACCAAAUGUCCGGUGGUUCGUCAUGGGAGAUGACGAUACCGUCUUCUUCACCGAGAAUCUCGUCAAGGUUCUCUCAAAGUACGACCACGAGCAGAUGUGGUACAUCGGAGGAAACUCAGAGAGCGUCGAGCAAGACGUGAUGCACGCGUACGAUAUGGCGUUUGGCGGCGGUGGUUUCGCUCUGAGCCGUCCAUUAGCGGCGCGUUUGGCCGCCGCGAUGGAUGAUUGUCUCCAACGUUAUUUCUAUUUUUACGGUUCUGAUCAGAGAAUCGCGUCUUGCAUCAGCGAGAUCGGCGUUCCGUUCACCGAAGAACGCGGUUUUCAUCAGCUUGACAUAAGAGGAGAUCCAUACGGGUUUCUAGCGGCGCAUCCAUUGGCACCGCUUGUAUCGUUGCAUCACCUUGUUUACUUAGACCCAAUGUUCCCUAACAAAAACCCGAUCGAGUCGUUACAGACCCUAAUGAAACCUUAUACCUUAGACCCGAAUCGAAUACUCCAACAGAUUAAUUGUCAUGAUCGCAAACGUCAAUGGUCUAUAUCCAUCUCUUGGGGAUACACCAUUCAGAUAUACACUUACUUCUUGACUGCUACGGAGCUGACUACGCCGUUGCAGACCUUCAAAACUUGGCGGUCUUCCAGCGAUGGACCUUUCGUGUUUAACACUCGGCCCUUGAAACCUGACCCCUGUGAGCGUCCGGUCACUUAUUUCAUGGAUGGUGCCGAGGAUGUACGGGAUAGUGGGACGAAAACUUGGUAUAGCAUAGGGGAUAAGAACUAUGGUCAUUGCGGAAAGAUUGAGCAUACUCGAUUAACUAAAGUGAAGAGGAUAUUGGUGACUUCAAUGAAGACGGAUCCUGAGUAUUGGAACAAGGCACCGAGGAGACAGUGUUGUGAGGUGAUGGAAGGAAAAGUAGGAAAAAGAAAAGAGAAAGAAAUGUUGUUAAGGAUUAGAAAAUGCAGAUCUUUGGAGAAGAUAUAAAAAAAGCGUUUUAAUUAGAGAGAUUUUUGCACAUACAGAUUUAGAUUCGAUCAUUAGUUAUUUGUUUCUAAAUUCCUCAAUUCCUAGUACCAAGAGAAUGACGAUUUUCUCUAGUAAUACUGGCACUCUUCGUUUUUCAACAUGUAAACAUUACUUUGUAUAAUUAGUCUAUAUCAAAUAAAUAGUUACAACAUGAACGUAACUAUUUAUACACGAGGGUAAAUUUUUAACAAAUUUAAACCGAACCAAAAAGAUUUCAGUUAAUC